AUGCGUCCAUUUUCUGCUGUGCUCCGCAACUCCUUGCGGGGCCAGAGUGGCCAGCUGAGGAUCCCUCUAGCCCCUGGUCGAGUUGCAAUCCCUCGAUAUAAUACAGUGAGGUUGCUCUCUACAUCCGCAGAGCCGGAACCAGCAGGCCGUGAAAGCACGUCCACCACGCAACUUGGAGAUCACCAAGGCGGAAUAGCUCCCAAUUCACUGCCUGCCGGAUCCCGUACUACGAGUCACGGGAUUGAAGUUGAUUUCCAUGGAAACAACGGCUUUCUCACGGUUCAUCCUAACGCGCUACACUUGAAAUUCCGUCAUGGCGAACGACCGCUAUCCUAUUUCUUUCUCCGAGAUCUCUGCCAAUGCCGUGUUUGCAAAGACCCCCAUUCGAAACAACGGAAUUUCCGGACAAGCGAUAUCCCGCUGGAUAUCAAGCCGCAGAAAGUUGAAUUCAACGGCAAGAUCGUCCGACUUAAGUGGGCUGACGAUCAUGUCUCGGAAUGGGGCCUUUCCUAUUUGAUCAGGCAUAUGCCAAAAUCGAAUCCGCCCAUUCGAUAUAAGCCCUACACGUGGAACGCAGAGCGUAUGAAAGAAAUACAGCAUUGGGUUUCCUUCGACGACUACAUCUCGGAUGACAAAAAAUUCGCCACUGCGAUGAAGAAUCUGCAUUUUCUGGGCCUUAUAUUCGUCAAGGAUAUUCCGGACUCCCGUGAGAUGGUUGAGAAAAUCGCAACCCGCAUGGGACCAGUGCGGGACAGCUUUUAUGGCAAGACAUGGGACGUACGGACCGUGCCAGAAGCAAAGAAUGUGGCCUACACCAGCCAGUUCCUUGGGUUUCACAUGGAUCUCAUGUACAUGAACGAGCCACCUGGCUACCAGCUAUUGCAUUGCCUCGAGAAUUCGUGUGAUGGCGGCGAAUCCUUGUUCACAGACACUUUCUUUGCGGCCCGGCGGUUCAAAGACACCCCGGAGCUCUAUCAGGCUUUAUUGGAUCUUAAGCUGAGUUACGAGUAUGAUCAUGACAAUCACAAGUACUACCAAACUCGGCCAGGCCCUCUCCCGACGAACCCUGGUAAAAAAUGGGGCCUGCGGAUGAAGGCUCUCAAACAGUUCGAGGAAUUCAUGGCGGAGGAAACGGCGAUGUUUGAGCUGAAGCUGAACCCGGGCGAAUGCGUGAUUUUCAAUAAUCGACGCAUUGCCCAUGCCCGCCGUCAAUUCAAUACUGCGACGGGCUCACGAUGGCUGGCGGGGGCUUAUGUUGACACAGAUGCUGUGCGCUCGUGCAUUGCUGUCAGUCAGGCUCACCAUGGAGAUGUUUGGAAAUCUCGCGGUGGGGAAAACAAGGAGGGGGGGAAAGACUGA